ACAUGCAAACUCCACACAGAAAGGCUGGGGCAACCAGGGUUUGAACCCACGACCUUCUUGCUGCACAAGUUUGUGUAUAAUUAUCUAUAUUUGGCAAACCUGAGACAAAACUGGGAGGAAGUCAAGAAAGCAGCCAUGAGGGCACCACAGCCAGAAGUUCAGAGAUAUGUGCUGCCUCUUGACAUUCACAGGGAAGAGCAGGGGAAGAAUCUGGUUUCUUCUCUUCCUUACACUACAGCAACUGCUGUCAUGUGCAGCGAUGGAACCGUUUGGCUCGAACCCGAGAUUUGCAAGUUGAAUGUGAAAAACAAAGAAACAUGGAUAUACCAGGAGCCAGAUGCCUGUCCAUCAGAGCCACUGUUUGUGCAAAGCCCUCAUGCUAAAGAUGAGGAUGAUGGUGUUCUCCUGAGUAUUGUGGUGAAACCAAGGGUUGCCCAGAGGCCAGCAUUUCUCCUUAUUCUCAAUGCCACUGACCUGACUGAAACAGCACGUGCAGAGGUUGAUGUCAUCAUUCCUGUCACUUUACAUGGCAUGUACAAACCUUAGAGGAUCAGAACCUAU